CCAAACAUUUUCUCUCUCUCUCUCUCUCUCUCUCUCUCUAAGAAUAAAAUCAUCAUCUUCGGAGUUUAAAUUUCUUCUCUGCAACAAAAACCCUCUGUUCAGUUCAGAGCUUUUCUUUGAAUAUUUUUUCUCUCUCUUAGGGUUUCGAUUCACGUUGAUGGGGCAGCAAUCGUUGAUCUACAGCUUCGUCGCGCGUGGGACGGUGGUCCUCGCCGAGUACACCGAAUUUACAGGCAACUUCACCAGCAUAGCUUCGCAGUGCCUUCAAAAACUCCCGGCCACCAAUAACAAGUUCACCUACAACUGCGAUGGACACACCUUCAAUUACCUCGUCGACGAAGGAUUCACUUACUGCGUGGUUGCUGUAGAGGCUAUUGGUCGACAGAUUCCAAUUGCGUUCCUUGAGCGAGUCAAGGAGGAUUUUACCAAGAGAUAUGGUGGAGGCAAAGCUGCAACAGCAGUUGCUAAUAGCCUGAACAAGGAGUUUGGAUCCAAAUUAAAGGAGCACAUGCAAUAUUGUGUGGAUCAUCCGGACGAGAUCAACAAGCUUGCUAAAGUAAAAGCUCAGGUCUCAGAAGUUAAAGGUGUUAUGAUGGAAAAUAUUGAAAAGGUCCUGGACCGGGGAGAGAAAAUCGAACUUCUGGUUGAUAAAACAGAGAACCUUCGCUCUCAGGCGCAAGAUUUCAGGCAGCAGGGGACCCAAGUGAGGAGGAAGAUGUGGUUGCAGAACAUGAAGAUAAAGCUAAUAGUUUUGGGAAUCUUAAUUGCACUGAUUCUCAUAAUUGUUCUCUCUGUUUGUGGAGGCUUCAAUUGUUGAUGGCUCUUCACUCCUCUGGCACUAUUCUAUGUUGGAGUUCCUCUUACAGCUUCAUCUUGCCACCAUUUUUUGGUUUGCUUUUUCCACUUUUGUCCGAUACAGUCUACUGUUAAGACUGUAUGUAUAGUUUGUAGUGAAUUCUUUCCUUGUCUAGUCUUUUUGACGCGUGGAAUGUCUUUUGUUCCUUUACCUUGAAUCUUUUUCGAGGUUAAAACAAUGGAAAAUUGCAAUUUUGUGUGAUUGAUUCCAAAUUUGUUUGAUAGUAUUUGUAAUUCAUUUUGAUGCUCUCAUUGUAUGGCAUGCAUUUAUUUAA